AUGGCUGCAACAUUUAUCUCUCCCAAAAUCGUGAAAGUCGAUGGAGUCUGGCAGAUUGAAGGCAAGCCACGCGAGGACCUUCAGGUCUGUGCCCGCUACAAUCCCUCCAAUCUGCCUGGAAAAACAAUCCUCGUCCUCCUCGUGGACAUCCCACCCAACGGCGGCACUCCAUCACACCGACAUGGCGGCGCGACCGCCAUCGCGAUACCCUUUUCUGGCUCCUCACUCAACCAGAUGAAUGACCAAGAGCCUCAGAUGUACGCGCCGGGAGCGUUCUGGUACGAAGCACCUGGCUGCCAUCAUCGGCGGUCCGAAAAUCCCAGCUCAACAGAAACAGCAAGGUUUUAUGCUGUUAUGAUUGUGGACGAUGAGGUUCUGGGGGGCAAGGGGGGAGAUGAGUAUGGGAACGUUUUCGUACUCGAUAAGGAGGUCGAGAUGGGGGAGAAAGCGGCAAGCAAAUAG